UUGAGAGCAGCUCUUCAGUACUGCAUGGGUGCCACUGGAGUACACGUCUCUUUCUGUCGUCAACUCGUGCUCUCUUCAUCAUGAUAAACACCUUUCACAGUAGCUACAAUCCGCCGCCGCCGCCGGUGCCUCCACGGACAGGAUACAGAAAACCCCAGCCAGCGGUCAACACGCCUUUAGUCAAGUAUUUGUCAGUGAUGCUUCUGCUGUUAAUGAUACUGACCUUCGGUGGCUUCCUCUACCUGUUCCAGAAACUCAACAUGCAGCUCCAGGGCAGUUAUGAUGAAGACAUGACUAGCCUACAGAGACUACAGGACUGUGUGGAAAAAAAUAUGGUAGAAGACUCAAUGACAAAUUGUGGCAAACUGAUGGAAAAAUAUAAAGCUGUCUUUGCAAAGGUUUUACAAGCAAAUGAAAAAUUGUCUAAGUUAACUGGAGGGCCUCAUUUUAUUGGACCAGCUGCACACAUGACUGCCCUGUCUGAGCAUAAAGAUAAGACUUCUGAGUUUUUGAAGACAAACAAUCUCCUUUGGGACGAAGACCAUUCACUGCUACAGGACGUACGGCUUAGCAGCAAACGGGACAUGCUGACCAUUCAGUACCCUGGAAUGUAUUUCAUCUAUUCCCAGGUCACCUUCUCCAAAAAUUCUCCUUCAGUUUCGUUAAAGCAAUCCAUAAGGAUCGUCGUACCCAAGAAACAAGAACCCAAGGAGCUACUCAAAUCUUUUUGCAGUUUGAACCCAGACACAUCAAAUUUGUGUACUGCCUCUCUGGCGGGGGUGUUCCACCUAGAGAAAGAACAACAGAUCUAUGUUACGGUAGCAAACUCAUCCUUGGUGAACCGGGACUCCUGCAGCUUUGGAUUAUUCAAAUUGCGGUAAAGAACACUCUGGAACUGAAGCGGUCAAGGGGCAGAUGGAUGAUAUGAGACGGGCAGGGAUUGACUGGAUCAAGGCACUAUAAUUAAAUGGAUAAUUAUACAGUCGUGGCAUCUGAAACUGAUCAGCUUCAGGGAAAGUCAUCGCACCACCUCUUCUCCUUGACGCCAAACCACAGCCCAAGUUUAGGACAAACGAGGAAGUCACGGGAAAUCUUUCUUUCAAUUAUAUUGUUCAUUCUAAAUACAACCUGAUAAGAAUACCAUGAAUGUUUUCAAACCACUAUUGUUUGGCGGUGUUUGUAUAAAAUUAUUUAUUAUUUGCUGCAGUUUUCCUUUUUAUGGUUUGCUCUUCUUUUUAUAAUAAUAAUAAUAAUUGAGUUAAUAAUAAAGAUAUUUAUUUUAGAAUAAGCUUGGCAAUUCUAAUUGAUUUUAUUUUUUCUAAUUUUAAGCACUUUUUAAGAACAGUACAACAACAAAAAACCUAUUCCUGCCCACAAGAAAAAAGAUGACAUUACAUAUUAUAAAAACAUGUUUGUAGUGAAAAUGCCAAAACAAUCUCUUACCAAACAACAAA